AUGGGUGAGCUAUCAAACAAUAGUGAGCUGAGAAAGGUCCUCAAAGUCGGUAUCAUUGGCUUGGGAGAGGUUGCUCAGGUGUCUCACAUUCUAGUGCUGAACAAUUUGUCCAGCUACUAUGAAAUCACUUACAUUUGUGAUGUGUCCCAGCAAGCUCUUGAUCACUGUGUCAAGAAAGUUGCCGGUGGGACGCCCAAGACGACGUCGAGCCCCGAAGAGUUAAUUUCCUCUCCUGACACCGACGUCAUCGUAAUCUGCAACGUAAACGCUUUCCACCCUGCACAGACGAUCCUGGCUCUCCAGCACAACAAAUAUGUGUUUGUGGAGAAGCCGCUCGCGUUGAACUACCACGACCUGGAUGCUAUCAUCGCUGCAGAGAAGACUUCGGAGGCGAAAGUCUUCGUCGGAUACCAGAGACGAUACGCUGAAGCCUUUGUAGACGCCUUGAAAGAGGUUGGAGGAAUGAGCAAAAUCGACUAUAUACGAGUCCGAGAUAUCAUUGGGCAAAACCGGUCUUUCGUGGGCCAGUCCGGCACAUACCCAGUAAAGUACGCCGACUAUUCCGUGGAAGAGGCUGCAGACAUGCAUUCGACCGAAGAAGAAAUGGUAAAGGCAGCACUCGUUGAUGAAAUGGGAGUCACGGCAACACCAGAGUCGAUGACAAUGUUCAGGUUGUUCACUGGACUUGGUGUGCAUGAUUUCUCGGCUCUGCGCGAGAUGGUCGGUAUGCCCUCACGUGUUGUUGGUGCAUCCCUCGGCUUGCCAAUCUGGAAUGUCCUAUUCCAGUACCAGGACUUUCCCGUCAUGUACGAGUCGGGCAUCAUUGAUGUGCCCAGGUUCGACGCUCACCUCGAGAUUUACUCUCGAGAGAAGAUUGUGCGCGUCGACUACGAUACGCCGUACGUCAAGGGUCUUCCUGUCACUAUGACAAUCAGAGAGAGGAUCGAGAGUGCUAGAGGCGAUGGCUACCAAGAGCGCACGAUCAGGAAGACCUACGAGGACCCUUUCACUCUUGAGUUUUUGGAAUUUCAUUCUUGUGCAACGAAAAAGACAAGUCCGAAAACUUCGGCCAUGGAUUCCCGGGAAGACUUGGACUUGAUAAAGAUGAUCAUGCAGAGUGCCUAUAACUGA